AAAGGUCAAAGUUCGCAUGAAAACUUGAAGUCUUCCUUGCUUGGCGGGAGGAACGACAGCUGUCCUUCACUUUAGGCCCGCAGGCAGUGGUAGAUAUGGACGUAACAAACGAAGUGCACUCCAACAGUGUUCUACGAGAGCUGAACGAACUGAGGGGGCGGGCAGAGCUGACUGACGUGGUUCUGGAGGUCGAAGGGAGAAGUUUCCCCUGCCAUCGUGCCGUCCUGGCCUCCUGCAGCCCCUACUUCCGUACCAUGUUCACCAGCGGCUACGCAGAGGUCAAACAGGAGAGGAUCAGCAUCCAGGAUGUGAGUGGGGUAGCCAUGGCAACCAUUCUGGACUACGCCUACACCGGCCGCCUUCAGAUGGAGCCAGACCAGGUCCAGGCUGUGAUGUCUGCAGCCAGACUGCUACAGUUGGAUUUUGUAGGUCGUAAGACAGCAGAGUACAUGAAGGACCGUCUGGACGUGUCCAACUGUGUGGAUGUGUUGAUGUAUGCUGACAUGCUGGGGGACUGUGGGCUAGUCGAGGCCAGUAAGAGGUACAUUGCAUCCAGGUUCGACCAGGUGACUCUACAUCCGUCCUUUGUUCAGCUGCCUGUGAACCACCUCCAGUCAUUGCUAGACAGGGAUGACCUAAUGACCAACUCAGAAGACAACGUUGUGCAAGCUGCUUUGAGAUGGGUCGACUUCAACCAAGAAGAGCGUUUGCAGCACUUGUCUACAGUUAGCAAAUCAUUGCGCCAGCCCCUUAUCAGCUCAGAUCUGCGCGUUGAAAUUGAGAGCAAGUUACUGUCAACAGACAGCAACAUAGUGUAUAGUAACAGCACAACCCAGCGGCUUGGACAGGUGCGUACAGAACUGCAGGUUUUCAUUAGAGCGGGUUUUACGGACAAAGAGCCAGAUGAUGAAUGUUCUACUCCUUGCUAUGACCCUUCCACAGGUCGACUGUAUGCAAUGAAUAUGCCUGAGAACCUGAACAGCGUCACUAAAUCUGUGACAGUAACUACUGAUAAUGAGCUGUACCUGGCAGGUGACAUUAGAGAAACUGGCACGAAGGGCAGACAGAAGAAAUUUUACCAGUACAACCACCUCCUGAACACCUGGGAACCAAGGUGUGAGAUGAUUACACCCAGAGCCAGGUGUGGUCUGGUGUAUCUGAAAGGGUACAUCUAUGCCGUUGGUGGGGAUGACACCAAGGAAACAGCGGAGAGGUAUGAUCCAAGUUGUGACAAGUGGACGUCCAUACCAGCCAUCCCUCACCCCAUGUCCUCAGAACUCUGUGCUGUGACUCUCAAUGACAGCAUCUAUGUCAUAAGUAAGGAAGGCUGCUACAGCUUCAGUACCACAGAGAACAAAUGGAACAAGAUAGCGGACAUGCUUCAAACAACAAAGCAUCCUCAGGCUGUCACCUAUCGAGGAUACAUCUACUGUAUAGACUCCAACGAUCACAGUGAAAUCUCAAGUUGUGUAGAGGUAUACAACCCUAUAAAAGAUGAGUGGAAGAGGUCAGGAAAGUACUGUUUUUUCUUCGCCACAGCAACCCUGAUGACGUAUGGAGAGACUAUGUACCUCCUAACCGUACACUGGGGCAUUGACCCAGAAGACGAAUAUGCAAUUGAUGAAGACGGGAACUCCACUAAGCUUAUCAUUCGCAAGUACCGGCCAAACACAGACUCUUGGCGGUCUCUAAAAGAAGGCCAGCCAGUACCGCCCUUGGCACGCUGGCUGAAUGCUGCAUGUAGGACAGACUGCCUCACAGUAAGGAUGAUCCCAAUGUGCCUUGGGGAUUCAAAGGUAUACAAGAUGGAUUAUCGUGGUGUAGGCCGGUAUGACGACGACAGUUUCCCAGACUACACUGACAGUGAUGACCUAUCAGACCAAGAGGACAGUGAUGAAGACAAUUCUUAAUCUCCAGGCAGAUCUACCGGUGGCAUCAGGAGUUUAACUGGCCAAGAAGUGUUCUGAGCCACCCAGAGGGCCCAGAUCACUCCUUGGCCAGCUUGGCUCCUUAUAUGCCACUGGUAGAUCUGCCUGGAGAUUAGACAAUGCUGAUGAAGACAGAGUGAUGGAGACAUCUGAGAUGCUGGAACAAUGAUGGAAGAUGUUUCUUAAAUUCAUCGAGUCACAGAAAAGUUGUAGCCAAGCAGCUGUAGCCAAGGGACGUUUUUGAAAUGCUUUCUCAUUGCUUUGAGAUAAGAUCUACACAAACACAUUUCCAAUGUUACCCAAAAAAAUACUGGCCAGUUGUGAAAUUUCUAUGACACUGCUCCCCCUAAACGUGGGUAGACAUGAUUGAGAAAGUUGGAAAAUGCAAUCUAUCAAUGAAGAUUAGACAUCCGGGUAAUAAGAUACACCGAUUAGCAAUCUACUCAAGCAACUGCAAAAUCAUAUCCAGUUGCUUGAGUAAUACAUUGUACAUGUAGCUAUUUGGCAUAAUUUAAAGUCUUGUAUUGCACAUAGUGCAAGACUGAAACCAUUAGCUAGCUUGUGUUAUAGGUCCCAGCACCA